GAGUUCACUUCGCCCUCUCAACAGAUAAUGAAACUCAGGCUGGCCCAGAGAGGAGAAGCAAUGCGCCCAAGCUCACACAGAACCAGAAAGUGAAGUCUGGGUUCGAAUUCAGAUCUUCAAACUCCGAAUUCGCUUCUUUUCCCACAACUUGCAGACCUGGGCAAGAAUACAGCCGAGCUCUUGCCUAACCUUGGGCAAAUUUCAGCACUUCUGGGCACCUUCUAUUCUCCCCUCCAAACUCUCCGAGUUCAGGAGAUAGAGACAUCAUUCACGGGAUGUUUCGUUGAGGGGCGGGGGUGGCUUUCUCCAUCACCCCAGCUCAGAGGCUGUGAGGGGAAGAAGGGAGAGAUGGGGGGGGGGGCUUAGGGGGUAGGAAGGAAGAGAAGGAGGGGGAGGAGAGCGAAAGGCAAGAAGGAGGGAGAAGCGAAGGAAGGGAGAGGAGAGAGGAAGGCGAGGAGAAAGAGAAGAGGAGGGAAAUGGGGGAAAGUGGGGAGAGGGGAGAAGGCAAAGAAUUAGGGAAAGCCAGUCCGACGCCGUUUCGCCGCCGCCCCCACCAGCGUUGGGGCGGAAGAGGAAACGCGCCAGAAAGGGUUCUCCCCGCCGGCCAAGGGAUGGAGGAGAGGGAGGGGAGAGGGUGAGGGAUAGGAGGAAGGAGGAAGGAGGGUGGAGACUAGAGGACAGAGUUGGCAGGCGGGGCUUGGCCUCGGUAGAAGGGUAGUGCCACGGUCCGCGGCAUCAGUAGCCGCGCCUCCUCCCUUCUAUCUUACCUCCGCUUUCUCAGUCCCUCCCGGGCUCAAUCUCUCCCCGAGCUCAGCCCCACCACCAGGAGAGCAGCGCUGCCAGACAAAGGAAUGUGAAGACCCCAGAGGAAGUCCCAGGUGCUCUGCUGGCUAAGGUGUCUGGGUGGAGGUGACAGGAGCCAUGGGUCUGAGCAAGGAAGAGAGCUGUACUCGUCGACCUCCCAUCAAGGGGCAGCCAGAGCCCCCAGAAUUGGCCAACCGAGUCAUCACUAUUGUCUUCUUGGCCCUGCUUAUAGACUUACUGGGCUUCACUCUUAUCCUUCCCCUUUUGCCUUCCAUCCUGGACCACUAUGGCAGAUCCAGUGACCCUUUCUAUCAGUCCUUACAGCAGGGUGUGGACUGGUUCGCUGCCAUGGUUGGUGUACCCCCCGAGAGGAAAUAUAACAGCGUCCUAUUUGGAGGUUUGAUUGGCUCCAUCUUUUCCAUCCUGCAGUUUUUCUCCUCCCCUCUUACUGGGGCAGCAUCGGAUUCCUUUGGGAGGCGGCCAGUCAUGUUGCUGACUUUGGUGGGACUAAUCACAUCAUAUGCGUUGUGGGCCCUCUCCAGAAGCUUUGGAGCUUUUCUGCUUUCCAGAGUGAUUGGAGGAAUCAGCAAAGGCAAUGUUAGCCUUUCUACAGCUGUCAUUGCAGACCUGAUUUCACCCCAAGCCCGGAGCAAGGGGAUGGCCAUGAUUGGGGUUGCCUUCUCUCUAGGCUUCACCCUAGGCCCAAUGAUUGGGGCUUAUCUAGCAGUGGAGACAGGUAAAGGAGAUGUCUUCUACUUUCACGCAGCCUUAUUGGCUCUGGUAUUUUCCAUCUCUGACCUGGUGUUCAUUUUCUGCUUCCUUCCGGAAACUCUCCCCAGGGAAAAACGGGUUUCUUCCGUUAUAUCUGGGUUCCAGGCAGCAUCUGACCUGCUCAGCCCAGUCGCCUUAUUCCAGUUUUUGGCUGUUACAAGAGGGAAGGACGCUCCCUCCAAAGACAAACUCCAGAAUCUCAAGGUCUUGGGGCUCGUUUAUUUCCUCUAUCUCUUCCUGUUUUCCGGGCUGGAAUAUACGUUAAGCUUCCUCACACACCAACGCUUUCAAUUCAGCAGCAUGCAGCAGGGGCAGAUGUUUUUCUUUAUUGGGAUCACCAUGGCAGUUAUCCAAGGAGGCUAUGCUCGACGGAUCAAGCCGGGAUGUGAGAUCCAAGCGGUGAAGCGGGCCAUCUUACUCCUGAUCCCAGCAUUCCUGUUUAUUGGGUGGGCUCGGAGUGUGACUGUGCUCGGCGUGGGGCUGCUCCUCUAUUCCUUCGCUGCUGCCAUCGUGGUGCCUUGCUUGUCAGCCGUGGUCUCUAGUUAUGGCUCAGCGGGUCAGAAGGGCACAAUAAUGGGCACGCUGAGGAGCCUGGGAGCUCUGGCCAGGGCUGUGGGACCCAUUGUCUCAGCUACAGUGUACUGGCUGGCCGGCGCCCAGGCGUGCUUCACCCUCUGCUCGGCGCUGUUUCUUCUCCCUGUCCUUCUCCUCGGCCGUCUGAAGCCGCAAACCAGAGCCAAGUGAUGCAUCCUCUCGGAGGCUGCCGGGGACGCGGGGCCCUUUGUCAGACUCUCAGUCCUGGGGCGCCCGAAGGAGGGACUUGGGCUCCGGGCAUCAGCACCCGGCCACGCCACUCCUCACCACGACUGGGUUGCCUUCUUCAGUAAUGUGGCCUGUCCAUGGGGUGGGCUUGAACCGGAUGAAAUGGAACCUUCGUGACAAAACAUCUGGGACUUAAGAAGCAAUCUUGGGGUUGAGAGAGCCGAGCAAUCAUUCACAACACGACACGCUGCCGGGUCUCUGACGGAGAAUUGUGCGUUCUCGAGGCCUCGCCAUUCUCGAGGUUCUGGUGCCUUUGCCCUUUUCCACGCCGGUCUGUGACCGUGACGGCCGUAUCGGCGGCCCCCGGGGAAGAGUCUGCGGGGGGUUCACUGACCCCCAGGACAGGCCAGCGAUCCCAGCUUCCUUUGUGGCCUGCAUGCUACGGCUGGUGACGACCAAAAAUGGGGAGGGUCUGAUUUUGCCUUUUUCUAUAAAAAAGUUGAGCUGACCAAUAGUAGCAGCCCAGGCUACUAAGAUGGCUCUAAUGUAUGCCUAACAGUUUUAUACGAGGAGCAUCCUGUUCCUGAGAGUCCUGGUGGAAUUCUGACAAAAUAUGUAUGACAGAUUAAAAUUAUUUUGCAAAUUGA